GAGAGUUUGCUCAGAUUUUUUUUUGUCUUCCUGUGAGACUUUCUCUGUUUGUUACUCCGCCAGACAGAGCCACUGCUGUGCAAAUAAUGUGGUCAGACUAUUGUUCUAUUGUGUAACUUGUUCAGUCGGCUCAAAGUUCAUUUCAGUUUUAUUCAGGGAGCGGUGCUGAAUAACUUUCAGUAACUUUUAAAAGUUGUAUCUCAUUUUGCUGCCUGCUCGUACUGAAGAGCGGGACAUCAGACAGCACCUGUUAAUGCUCGGCACAUUUCGGGAGCUUAAAUGGAUGCUUCAUUUAUUCAGAGUUAGCCCAGAGAGUACUUGUGUGAGAGUGCGGGUCUGCGCCUGUGGGCGUGUGCACACAUCAUGUGCAUGCAUGUGUGCGCCAUCCCACCCACAUGGGCGUGCAUGUCCCUGCGUGCACUUUUGGUAAUGGGCGGUGAGGGGAUGGAUGGCAAAGUUUUGGUGCAUCCGCCCACCGCUGCGCCAAACUGGAGAGGGCUUUCCCGCCAUCCAGUGGGGAAGGAUUUUUGGGUUGUGAGUGGAGCAGCUGCGGAGAAAGAAUAGUUCUUGUUGCAUGUGUUGGGCCUCCGUUGUAGCUGAUGAUAACAAUAAUGAUGCAUUUAUUAGUACUGUUGAAAGCCUCAUCAGUAAUUGCAGUAUGCUGCUCUCUGAUGGGGACAAAACACGGUCAUAUUGCAGUUUUGUUGGAAGCAUAGUCAGCUAAAGAUUUUCUUUUUUUUCACUCCAUCUUUAAAGAUACCUUUUUAAAGAUGUAAUUAAAAACCAAAGUUUGUGUUGCAACUGCAGCUCUCUUUUCUCUUUUUGAGCCCAUUCAAAUGGCCUCAAAGUGGAUGUAUGUCCUUAUCAGGGCAUCCUGCAGUACUUGUUUGUAGCAUGAGUCAACACACUGGUAUUAUGGUCGGUGCUCAUGCGGGUGGUUGUGGGCGAAGUGAUCACUGCAGAACAUGCUGAUGAACACUGUGAACUAUAACAAGUAAUUACAAGAUUUUUCUUGUGGUUUACCUCCAUUUUUUUUUACUCCUGUGGAGAGCUGAGGCAGAGGGAGACGAUUUGAUCUAUUUUGGUCGCCCUGGUUGCGGCUGCAUAUUUUAGGAGUAAUCAUACAAGUGUUUAAUUGGCCUUGUGUGUGAGCCAGAGGUGGCGGGGGGGCCUUGGUGUUCGUGGGAAAUAUAUCUGCGCAGGAGUGAACUGCGUGAAGUGGCUUAACUACUCUGACAACAAUUUAAUGGACCCGGAGGGGAGAACAGGAAGGCGCAUGUUAUGACAGUGUUUGUGUGUGUGUGUGUGUGUCAUUGAGGGACGUUAUCAGGAGCGCUCGAAGCAGGAAAAGGGCAGGAAACUAACACCUUUUUUCUUUUUUUUUUCGGGUUUGGUAUCCAAAAAAUCUGGAGUCUGAGAACAAGAACCAAGAAAACAGAAACCACAUUCCUCCAGUGACUCACCCCCUCUGCACCUCUUGCUGAGCCAUUAUUACCAUGGAAACCCCAGGCCAGAAACGCACCAGCCGCGGCGCCGUCUCCCCGGCCCGCAUCACCAGGCUGCAGGAGAAGGAGGACCUGUGCAACCUCAAUGACCGGCUGGCUGUGUACAUCGAUAAGGUGCGCUCGCUGGAGAUGGAGAACGCCGGACUUCGACUGCGCAUCACAGAGUCGGAGUCCUCAUCCAGCCGAGAUGUGUCGGGCAUGAAGGCGGCGUAUGAGGCGGAGCUUGCCGAUGCCCGCAAGACCCUGGACCAGGUGGCCAAGGAGCGAGCCCGGCUGCAGCUGGAGCUGAGCAAGAUCAGGGAGGAGUACAAGGAGCUUAAAGCCAGGAACACUAAAAAGGAGAGUGACCUGGAGGCGGCUCUGGCCCGGCUGAGGGACCUGGAGGCCCUGCUCAACUCUAAAGAUGCCUCCCUCUCCACUGCCAUGGGGGAGAAGCGAGCCCUGGAGGCUGAGGUGAAGGACCUCAAGGCCCAGCUGGCCAAGUUGGAAGGUAACUUAGCUGAUGCCAAGAGGCAGCUGCAGGAUGAGAUGCUGAGGAGAGUGGACGCCGAGAAUCGCCUGCAGACCCUGAAGGAGGAACUGGAGUUCCAGAAGAACAUCUACAACGAGGAGAUGCGUGAGUCCAAGCGCCGCCACGAGUCUCGCAUGGUGGAGCUGGACAGCGGGCGGCAGCUGGACUAUGAGAGCAAGCUGGCCGAGGCGCUGGUCGAGAUGCGAACCCAACACGAGGAACAGCUCCACCUCUACAAGGAGGAGGUGGAGAAGACCUUCAACUCUAAGCUGGAGAACGCCCGUCACUCAGCUGACAGGAAUAGCCACUUGGUGGGAGCUGCUCACGAAGAGCUUCAGCAGACCCGUGUUCGACUGGAGGGCAUGUCGGGCCAGCUCAGCAUGCUGCAGAAACAGCUGUCAGCGAGCGAGUCCAAGGUGCGGGAGCUGGAGGAGGCUCUGUCGAGGGAGCGGGACCUGUCGCGGCGGCGGCUGGAGGAUAAAGAGCAGGAGAUUGCCGAAAUCCGAGCUCGGAUGCUGCAGCAGCUGGACGAGUACCAGGAGCUGCUGGACAUCAAACUGGCCCUGGACAUGGAGAUUAAUGCUUAUAGGAAGCUGCUGGAGGGAGAGGAAGAGAGGCUGCGUCUGUCACCCAGCCCUCCACCCACCAAGGUCAUGGUGACGCGGACCUCCGGCUCAAGCCACAGCCACACCAGCCGCCUGCUCCAGUCCGCCUCCACCGCCGCCACCGCCUCCAGCAGCCGCAACUCUUCCGGCACGGCCAGCAGCAAGAAGCGCCGCCUCAAUGACAACGACAGCGAGACCUCCAGCAUGGUGGGGGGCACCGUCACCAAGACUCGCAUUAGCCAGCACGCCUCAGCCAACGGACGCAUCACUGUGGACGAGGUCGACCUGGAGGGCAAGUACGUCCGUCUGAGCAACAAGGCCGACGAGGACCAAUCUCUGAGCAACUGGCAGGUGAAGAGACAAGUAGGCAGUGGGACCCCCAUCGUCUACAAGUUUCCCCACAAGUUCACUCUGAAGGCCGGAGGAACUGUCACUAUCUGGGCUGCAUCUGGAAAUGCCACCCACAACCCUCCCACUGACCUGGUGUGGAAGAACCAGAACUCCUGGGGCACCGGCGACCUUCUGGCGACCAGCCUCAUCAACGCCAACGGAGAGGAAAUGGCCAUGAGGAAAGUGACUCGCACGCUGUUCCACGACGAUGAUGACGAUGAUGACAUGGGAGCUCACAGCACAAGCGGCGCAGACAACGAGUACAACCUGAGGAGCCGCAAGGUGAUCUGCGACUCCUGCGGGCAGCCAUCGGACCGCGGCGGUGUCUGCAGCAGUGGGGGUCUACCUGAAGGCCUCGUGGGACAUUCCUUCUUCAUGGGCACCAACGAGCCCAGAAAGGGCCGCACCAACCCGGAGAACUGCUCCGUCAUGUAACAACCAGACAGUGCCUCACCUCCUGUGGCCCACAGAGGAGAAACAUUUUCUACCAUUGGGAAGUUUGUCUUAUUAUUAUUUUUUUUUUUUAUAUGACCUCGUCUUAUUUUGUGUUCACAUUAAUCUGAGGGUUCGAUUUUUGCUUUGGAGGGGUUUUUUUUCAGGCAGAGGGCACAGGAUUCUUUUCAUAUUCAAUUUUUUUUUUUUGUAUAUUCAAGUUAUGUUAUUGCAUGUGUGCCGUGCUAAUGCUUAUAUUGUAUCCUGCUCUUCUUGCACAUAUACACACACACUACACACACACACACACACUAUACACACACGCAGACACAAAGAGCUUCAUUGACCAGUGCUUGUGCUUCGAUCCGAGCUGGGGUUUCACAUUUAAUGGCCAAGCUGUCAACACUCAACACGCACAGCUAGUGAACCCUGUCAGGAGUAGGUCUCCACAGCCACACAGACGACAGGACAAUGUUUGUUUAUCAUGUUUGUUGCCCAUCACAUAGAUCAAAUCUUUAUUUAAGUGAUGUUUACAAUUGAAAUUUAGAAUCCUUUUUCCUUUUUUUUUUUUUGUUGGAACAGUAUUGUACGGGCUGUACACUACAGAAAGGAUAAAUUUGAUUUCUUUUUUUUACUAUGUUGGAAACGUCUCCAAAGAAAGCCAAAGUGCUGUAAGCUCAGGGUGUUCAGCAGGUUGUUUUACUCAUCGUAGCCUUAGACAAAUGUGUACAUUUUCUACAGUAUGUGUGAGUUGGAUCGUAUGGUCGGGCAGCUGUGGUGCACACAGAGAAACAAUUAUUAUUUGAGAUGAAUAUAUUUUUUCAGCUUGACCCCAGAGAAAUGUAUUUGGUUAUGUUUUUGAACAUGUGGAAUUAUUUGCUUUGAAUUGUUUGCUGGAUAAGUUGAAUGUUUCCAGAUAAGUGGGUCACUUGUGUAUCUCAGUUUGACGUACAUUUAAAUGCUUUAUUUAAAAAAAAAAAAAAAAAAAGGAAUUCCAAAGAUUUUUGUUGUGACGAUAGGAUGACAUAGAAUUUGUUUUCUACCUGAUCAGGAACAAGUACAAUGUUUUGCGUCUUUACUGACAAACUUGUCGUCAUAUACAGUUUAUAUUUAUAGGAUUUCUAAGCCUCACUAAAAAAAAAUCAACACUAUUUUAAUAAAGAGUGUUGCUGCUACUAACAGUGGAAACAUUUUAACAAGAUUUUUUACAGAUUAAGAAAACACAAAUGUGCCUUUUGGGACUUAAACCACCAUCAACAAUCACUGUUCU